UUAUCCGCUUCCGAACUCCAAAGCUUCAAAAGGUUUCCGUUUCUCAGUGGAAAGAAGGAAAACAAACCAUCUAUUGAAAUGGCGGCCGUGAGAGGAACACUGUUAAAGCAUCUGAGGGUGAACGCUACUCCCCUGCCCCUACUACGCAACCCUAAAACUUUCCCCAAUGGGCUCUUUAACCUUACCUUCAACGCCGUACGCUGUUUCUCUGACGUGGUCAUGGGCUCAUUCCUCGACAAGUCUGAGGUUACCGAUCGCGUAGUCUCCGUCGUCAAAAACUUCCAGAAAGUUGACCCUUCCAAGGUUAUCCCGAAUGCCCAUUUUCAAAAGGAUCUCGGGUUAGAUAGUUUGGACACAGUGGAAGUUGUGAUGGCCCUUGAAGAAGAAUUUGGGUUCGAGAUACCUGAUAAUGAGGCAGAGAAGAUCAGCACGAUCAAUCAUGCUGUUGAGUUCAUUGCUUCUCACCCUCAGGCAAAGUAGAGGUGAAAUUAUGAAAUUCUACUCUUUUUUUAAUUAUUUUCACUUUGUUCUCACGAGACAUGAAACUGCAUCGAGUGAUUCCCUAAUCUCCCCUCCCAGACAAAUGCCUGUAGCGCCAUUUGAUACCGAGUGUUUGUAUUGAGGAGGAUUGUUUUUGAUAUUUACUGCUUCAAUGCUGCUGUUCCAAUUCAUAAAAUAUUAAUCUUUUUAGUGAGAAGCUAUUUCGUUUAUUUUCCUCGA